UAUAUAUAUUUUUUUUGGACCCUCUGGACAAUAGCCAUGCAGCUCCUUCCUGCUCACACGGGUCCUUCCACCAUCAAUCUCCUCAGGACUCACCAGGACCGCUACGAAACCCAUGAUCGACAAAUUGCGUUCCAUGUCCAUGACCGACGGCAUGUUCGGAAGUGACCCUGAAGAAGCGAUCUGUGCGAUCUGUCUUGGAGACUAUGCUCCAGCAGAGACGAUCCGGUUCCUGCCUUGUCAACAUCAUUUCCAUCUCGAGUGCGUGGAUCAGUGGUUGUUGACGGAUAAGAGCUGUCCGCUUUGCAAACAUGAUAUCGAUAGGCCUGUAACAUACGAGCGCAGCGGUUCUCGAUUCACGAUCGUUUACAACAUCACCAAUAACAACACCAACAGCAGCAGCAGUGGUAGCGGUGGGAGCAGCAGUAGUAGUACCGCUCCGAGGCGAAACGAGGACGAGUCGGAGGAUGGUGGUGGUGGGCGUAGUGGUUUAGGCAUGGCAGCUGGGAUCGAGAGGUUCCAGGUCAUUGUUCUUUGAAGGCAAAAACGUAUUCCUUCACUCAUGUAUAAUAUCGCGCCCUAUCUCUCUUUUUUUUCCCUUCACAACAUCUAAUCCUGUACAUACCAUAUCCCUCCUCCUUCCCCUGGGCUAGUAAUGAACCCCCAAUGGCCUUGGCCCUGAUGACCUCUCCAUUGUACUUUCAACUGUACAGCACAAUAAGAAAAAAAUAUAAGAAAAAAAAUAUAUACUCUCUACAGCUGUAUAUAUAUAUAUGUGUGUGUGUAUAUAUACGUGUUAUAUCCUCAGG